GUAUUUGAACGGUGAGGAGCGGGCUCGCCGACAUUCGAGAGGGAAACAAAGGAGGCGGAAGCAUCCCGCAGCUGUGUCUUCGUCAAAAGCUGGAAUAAGUGACCGAUAACAGCGUCAGGACAACUUGUCAACUAUCAAGAUUGCAUCAUGUCUAACAAACAGAUCUACUACUCUGACAAAUAUGACGAUGAGAAAUAUGAGUACAGACAUGUAAUGCUGCCCAAGGACAUUGCAAAGCGUGUACCCAAAACCCACUUGAUGUCUGAGACCGAGUGGAGGAACCUGGGUGUCCAGCAGAGCCAAGGAUGGGUGCACUACAUGAUUCACCAGCCAGAGCCGCACAUCUUGCUGUUCCGGCGCCCUCUGGUCAACCAAAAAUCCUAAGUGAGCGACGCUCUGGGUCCUCAGAAGAUCAGCCCCACUUAUGUGAUAGAGAUCAACGCAUCAGAAUAGGGAUCAUGCUGUCAGACUACCAGGCUCUUUUGUGGUAGGUGACUUGUAAUUUGGGCCUGAUCACGGUGGACCUGGAUAAGGACUUUCACACUUAUGAACAGUGGUUGUGGAAUGGAGUAUGCGUUGAAGGAACAAAAUCGUCACCAUUCUCAUGGGAAAAAGACUUGUGCACGUGUUAACAGCAACACACUGUUUGCCAGAACCAGAUCAGCCAACACUGUCCCUUUGACUGAAUCUGUCUGUCCAACUUGCCAAAUCUGCCUGGACAUUUGAGCUUUUUAGAACAAUUGUUAAAAGAUGUGGGAAAUCAAACUUGUACCAACAUGUGAGUUAUUCUAACAGAGUACAUUCUGGGUAAAGCUCAGGUCACAGCACAAGACAGGUAGGAAAGUUGGAUCCUAAAUUCAGUUUCACUCAACUUUGAAAUGUCAAACUGGGGUUUUAAGUGACAUAUUGCUGCUCUGUUCAAAUGACACUGUAAAUCAGCAUUUAACAAUUUGUCAUAUACAUGAAAAGCUGCAUCUAUAGUUGUCAUCUAGAAACUAGUUUUGUCCACUUUUUCCUGAAGAGCGUUCAUCAGAUUGAGACCUACUUUAAAACACACUUUUUUGAUGGACGAUUGUACUAGUGAGCUGCUCAGUAUUUAUGAAUGGUUUGACACCUCUGAAAUAAAUGUAAACUUUUAAAUCUCAUUAGUGUAGAUGUGUGUCUCUAAAGUAUUUGGAGUUCACACUUACUAUAUGGUUAUGCAGGACCACUUGACUCGUAAGAUGCAUGCUUAAAAAGAUAAAAUAACGUCAGUUGGCGGCUCUAAUAGCAAACGCGACCCUACAAUGCUCUUAUAGAAUAAGUGGAAAUUACCGAAUCAGAUGUUGGAAAGGCUGCCGCAUGUAUUUGUUGGGUAUUGUAUGAGAUAGCAUUUCAGGCACUUUUUCUGGGACAUUUCUCAUUUUGAAUACUUGCACCCACCUAUAAGUACUCAUCUGUCGAUGCCUUACUUCCGCUCACUGCGCUGCUCUGCUGUCACUUGAUGAUUUUUGCCUUAAAGUUCUUCAGUGGAGUUGUACUUUUUGUUGAGUCUUAAACACGUGCAGGCACAGAGCUGCUUUUCUUUUCAGGGUCAUUAAAUCCAUAUGGGGAAAGUCGUGAUGUAUUAUCUGAAACUGAAAUCUCAUAUCUUUGGAUUUAGUGUGUAUGAAGGGGUUUGACCCGGUCUGUUAACGCUGACUACUGGAUUACUACAGAUGAAGUGUAGAAUUGAUCAAGUCUCACUUUGCAUUGUAACAUGUUGCAGCUGCAUUGAAAUGGGGGGAAAAAAAUGUACUCGUCUGUUUUGCAAAAUGUUUUUGAAUAGUCGGCGCUGGAAUAUCGACAGAUAACUUCACUUUAAUCUCUUAUCUUUUAUCCAAUCAUGUGGUGUAUGGUACAAACAAACUUGACCAGACAACAGCAUGAAAUUCUUUUGAAUACGCUCUUCUCAUGUUUCCUGUCUCUGUCAAAUGUAAAAUAAAGGAAGCUCACUUUGGGGCAGUAACAGGUGAUUUUAAUGUCCUUUCCAACAGCCAACAACAAAUUUCUGUUAAGAAAAAUUUGUGCACCUCAUGUGCCAUCACAUUAUUGUAUUGCAUUCAUUUCAUGCAAAUGUAAUGUGAAAAUGUGCAUAUGGCACAAUAGAGCAGGAAAAUCAAUCAGACUUAUUUUAACAUCUCUUUGUGCUUAUACCUCCUCAGCAAAUAAAAUAUAUUUAAACCUGG